AUGAGAAAAGAGAUGGCAGCCGUGGAUCCUGAAGCCCCAGGGAAAGGAGUCAGACCUGGGACAAUGCUGCGCUCAGCAUCGGGCUCUGAUGCGAGUCUACAUGCCUACGAUAUCGUGGUGGUGGUCAUCUACUUUGUCUUCGUCAUUGUUGUGGGGAUUUGGUCAUCCAUCCGUGCAAGCCGAGGGACUGUUGGUGGUUAUUUCCUGGCAGGGAGGUCGAUGAGCUGGUGGCCAAUUGGAGCAUCUCUGAUGUCCAGUAAUGUGGGCAGCGGCUUGUUCAUCGGUCUGGCGGGGACAGGGGCUGCCGGAGGCCUGGCUGUAGGAGGCUUCGAGUGGAAUGCAUCCUGUCUGCUCUUGGCCCUAGGCUGGAUCUUUGUUCCAGUGUACAUCGCAGCUGGCGUGGUCACAAUGCCGCAGUACCUAAAGAAGCGAUUUGGAGGCCAGAGGAUACAGGUGUACAUGUCUGUCCUGUCUCUCAUCCUCUACAUCUUCACCAAGAUAUCGACUGACAUCUUCUCUGGAGCCCUCUUCAUCCAAAUGGCCUUGGGAUGGAACCUCUAUCUCUCCACAGUUAUCCUGCUGCUCGUGACAGCCAUCUAUACCAUCACAGGAGGCCUCACGGCAGUGAUCUACACAGACACUCUGCAGACAGUGAUUAUGGUGGGUGGAGCCCUGGUCCUCAUGUUUCUGGGCUUUCAGGAAGUGGGCUGGUACCAUGGCUUACAGCAGCAAUACAACCAGGCCAUCCCUAAUGCCACAGUCCCCAACACCACGUGUCACCUCCCCAGGCCUGAUGCCUUCCACAUGCUCCGGGACCCUGUGAAUGGGGAUAUCCCUUGGCCUGGUCUCAUUUUUGGCCUGACAGUGCUGGCCACUUGGUGUUGGUGUACAGACCAGGUCAUUGUGCAGAGGUCUCUCUCUGCCAAGAAUCUAUCGCAUGCAAAGGGAGGCUCAGUGCUGGGGGGCUACCUGAAGAUCCUCCCCAUGUUCUUCAUAGUUAUGCCUGGCAUGAUCAGCAGGGCCUUGUACCCAGAUGAAGUGGGCUGUGUGGACCCUGACGUCUGCCAAACAGUCUGUGGGACCCGAGUGGGAUGCUCCAACAUUGCUUACCCCAAGCUGGUCAUGGCUCUCAUGCCUGUGGGUCUACGGGGCCUGAUGAUCGCCGUGAUCAUGGCGGCUCUCAUGAGCUCCCUCACCUCCAUCUUCAACAGCAGCAGCACCUUGUUUGCCAUCGACAUUUGGCAUCGCUUCCGCAAGAGAGCGACAGAGCAGGAGCUGAUGGUGGUGGGCAGGGUGUUUAUCGUGGUCCUGGUUGUCAUCAGCAUCCUCUGGAUCCCCAUCAUCCAGAGCUCCAACAGUGGGCAGCUCUUCGACUACAUCCAGGCUGUCACCAGCUACCUGGCCCCUCCCAUCACCGCCCUCUUCCUGCUGGCCAUCUUCUGCAAGAGGGUCACAGAACCUGGAGCUUUCUGGGGCCUCAUGUUUGGUCUGGCAGCUGGAGUUCUGCGCAUGAUCCUGGAGUUCUCAUACCCGGCGCCAGCCUGUGGGGAGGUAGACAAGAGGCCAGCCAUAGUGAAGGAUUUUCACUACCUGUACUUCGCCCUCUUCCUCUGUGGGCUCACUGCCAUGGUCAUUGUCACCAUCAGCCUCUUUACAACACCCAUCCCUGAAGAAAAGCUUGCUCGCCUGACCUGGUGGACACGGAAAUACCCCACAUCUGAGCUGGAGAAAGAGGACUGUGUGAGCAAGGAGAACACCCCAGAGUUGGCAGAAAGACCAUCUAGGGUGAGCUCUGAAGCAGGAGGAGAGGAAAAGAGCUCUAGUCAGGACCAGGAGCAGCGUGGAGCCCCAUGCAGAUCCUGGGGAAGGCAGCUCUGGGGCUGGCUCUGUGGGCUCUCUGGAACCCCACCACAGACCCAGAGCUCAGCAGAAAAGGAGGAACUAGAGAAGAAGCUCACCAGCAUUGAGGAGGAGCCGCUCUGGAGAAGUGUCUGCAACAUCAAUGCCAUCCUCUUGCUGGCGGUCGACAUCUUUCUUUGGGGUUAUUUUGCUUAACUUCAUAGACCUGGCCUCAGCUCAGGCUGAUUACACAACCCAAACCCUACCAACCACCAAGACAGGCUCUCCUCCUUACCUUGCUAUCUAACCUGGAAACUACCGAGGUCAAAAAUGUCAGAUCCCCUGAGGAGCAUCUAACCCAGCAUGCCUAACACGUGGAGAAAUGGAGGUCCAGAGAGGGCACUAAGUUUUCCCUCGCACCACACAACAUCAUUCACAUUGGGUUUUUCAACCUUGGCUAUUAUAUUGUCUUACAUUCUUACCUCCAAAACAUUAUUUCCACAGUCUUGGUGAGUCUGCUCAAGAAUCUACUCUGUAUGUGUGUCUUCAGAUUAAAA